GGAGCUGAUAAGUGCAGUGGAGAAAAAUGAAACAUGGCAAGAGGCAGCACAUGGUCUCCAACAGCUUUCAUUGUGGACGAUGGGGAGAGCCCAGAUGGGCUGAACUUGGGGGCAGUGGUGAGCGAUACAACAACAGGAGUGGUCUUCCUUUUCUACUCCCUCUGUGCUCACAAGGCGGGCUGCCAGGUGGCCUCCACCAUGCUGGUGUGGAGCAAGGAUGACGGUGUUUCCUGGAGUUCGCCUCGGAACCUCUCCUUGGACAUAGGCACUGAGAUGUUUGCCCCUGGACCGGGCUCUGGCAUUCAGAAACAGCGGGAGCCUCGGAAGGGCCGGCUCAUUGUGUGUGGCCACGGGACGCUGGAGCGGGACGGGGUCUUCUGCCUCCUCAGCGAUGACCGCGGCGCCUCCUGGCGCUAUGGGAGUGGGGUCAGCGGCAUCCCCUAUGGCCAGCCCAAGCGGGAAAAUGAUUUCAGCCCUGACGAGUGCCAGCCCUUUGAGCUCCCCGAUGGCUCAGUGGUCAUCAAUGCCCGGAACCAGAACAACUACCACUGCCACUGCCGAAUCAUCCUCCGCAGCUACGAUGCCUGUGAUACUCUGAGGCCCCGUGAUGUGACCUUUGACCCUGAGCUCGUGGACCCUGUGGUAGCCGCAGGGGCUGUAGCCACCAACUCCGGCAUUGUCUUCUUCUCCAACCCAUCCCAUCCAGAGUUCCGAGUGAACCUGACCCUGCGCUGGAGCUUCAGCAAUGGCACCUCAUGGCAGAAGGAGACGGUCCAGCUGUGGCCAGGGCCCAGUGGCUACUCCUCACUGGCAACCCUGGAGGGCAGUGUGGGCGGGGAGGACCAGGCCCCGCAGCUCUAUGUCCUGUAUGAGAAAGGCCGGAAACAGUACAUAGAGAGCAUCUCCCUGGCCAAAGUCAGCGUCUAUGGGACACUCUGAGCUGUACACCUGCCAAGGGGUUAGAAGGCCCUGGACUCAGCCUCAGGACCAUGGGUCUGUAGAGGGUCUACUGGAGGAGCCUAGAAGACGGUUCCACCUUCCUUUAGAGUCUAGCGUUUUGCAAAAUCAACUUCUCUUUGACAGGGAAAUCAUUCCUUAGGACUAAAAACUUGGCUUCUCCCACAUAGGAAGAGCUGCCCACACGUGGGAGCGCUUCUCUUCCACAUUGCUGGGUCUGCCCCCCUGCCCUUUCUGCCCUCUCAGGGCAAUGAUUGGUCCUUUUCUUGGACAGGGCUAGGUGGGCCUGUAGCAUUAAAUAAAUGUGAACUCAGGGAACUGGGGAAGGCUUACCUCUUUGGGGUAAGAUACUGGCUUUGGAGAGGGUUGGUGAAAGUUCCAGAAGGGCAGGACAUUUGGUUUCAAGGUGGGGUGAGAUACUAUCCUCCAUGAAACAGGGAGCAGGUGUGUAAAACGCAGAUGAGAAGCCUCUCCCAGGCCAGCCUGGCAGAGAAAUAAGCACUGUGGCAAUUAUGUGAGAAAACAACAUCUCAUCCUAAAGGAGAUGCUGUGAAAAGAACCUGGGCAGCCUGCAGCUGAGUGGGACAGCCACAGCUUUUCUCCACAUGGAAAGAAAAUGCAAUGCCUGGAUGAGACGAGGGAGGCAGAAGAGGAUGCAAUACACACAAGUGAAGAGGAGGCAGCGUGACACAGAGGCAGAGAUUGGAGUGAUGUGGCCACGAGCCAAGUUAUGCCAGCAGCCACCAGACGCUGGAAGAGACAAGGAACAGAUUCUCCCAUAGUGUCUCUUGUGGGGGCAAGGCCCUGUGGACACCUUGAUUUUUGCCCAGUGAAACUGUUUUGAACUUCUGGCCUUCAGAAUUAUGAAGGAAUAAAUAUCUGUUGCUUUAAACCACCAAGUUUGUGGUAAUUUGUUACAGCAGCCAUACAUGGUGUCAUUCAUGAAGUAUUCUUUCCCAAACCAUGUAAUCAAAAUCUAAUUAGGUCUUUAAGGGAAUUCCCUGGUGGUCCAGUGGUUUGAUCCCUGGUUGGGGAGCUAAGAUCCCACAGGCUGCGUGGUGAAGCCAAAAAAAAAAAAAAAAAAAAAACAACUAAUUAGUCCUUUAAGUAUAACUUCCUGGUUAAAGAAAAUGCAGAAAGUUGAGGAACAAGUUAAAAACAUCAAGAGAGCACAGUUAGAUGAAGCCAACAUGUGGAACGUUCUACAAGACAACUAGCCUAGUCUCUUCAAAGGAUCAUUGUCACAGAACGAAGGGGACUGUUCUAGAAUCAAGAGACUAACAAGGGACUUCCCUGGUGGUCCAGUGGUAAAGAAUCCACCUUCCAAUGCAGGGGACACAGUUUCGAUCCCUGGUCGGGGAACUAGGAUCCCACAUGCCACGGGGCAACUAAGCCCGCGCGCCACAACUAGAGAGAGAAAACCCGCACGCCACAACUAGAGAGAAGCCCGUGCGCCACAACGAAGAGCUCACGUGCUGCAACGGAGACCCCGCCUGCCGCAACGAAGACCCAACGCAACCAAAAAAAAGAAAGUAAAUAAGUAAAGAUUUUUAAAAAAG